CAGUGACGGCGGUAGCUGUGGUAGUUUUUUAUUAAUUGAAACAUGUUGUAUAGUUUGUCUUGGGUUUGCUGGGUAUGUUCCCGGAAUGCUUACUUAAUGCACGAAAAUACAUUGUUGUAUAUGUGCAAUAUAGAACAAUGGUAGUAUCUUUAUAAGGUAUAAGAAUAAGGUAGCUGCCGUUAGCCAGCUAGCUAGAUAAAGUGACGUGGAGCUUCUUAGACCUGACCGGACUUCUUUAGUUUACUGUAUACUGAUGUAGUAUUUAAUGUCUAAAUUUUUCUGUGUGCAGUGAAUUAAUCUAGAUAUAAUCUAGACUUUUUUUUCUGAUUACACAUACAGCUCUGUAUUUGCCAUGUCCCAACAGAUGUAUCAUGAUUUGGGCAUCCCGUCGCUUCUGCCAGAUUUUAACACCCAGUCCUUGCUGUGUCAGAUCUUUCGUCCGGGUUUGACUUGCUUCCCUGUACCUUACCUGAUAUUUAAGAAAUAUUAUCACAUCAGUCAGAUAUUAAGAUGCAGUGUCAGAUACUUGGCUGUGAAAUUCAGUGUAGACUGAGGACUCCUGAUAGCACUGAUCGAAUGGCAAGCCUAGUUGUCUUUUCAUCAGAUAAGACUCAGCUUCACUUAAAAUGUACUAGUACAAAUGAUCUUACUAGUAAAAAAUUACUUUUUUGCUAUUAUGAAUAUUUCUUAAGAUCUAUUAAUCAAUUUUGACUAAUAAGAAUUUACUAGGAAGAACUGUGUUGUUACUAAUAAAUUAUAUUAUAGAUAUCUAUAACGCAUUUUUAAGUAGUAAUAUGUUACUAUUUACUUCCAUAGAAUUUUUGCCUUUCUUAUCCAAAAUUCAAUUUUUGCCAGUAAAAAGUAUUGUAGAUAUCUUUAAUUCAGUUUUUACUAGUAAGUUAUUACUAGUAGAAAUUCACAUUUAAGACAUUUAUUUCCGAUCUCUAAAAUAUAACUGCAGAUAUCUAUAAUUACAUUUUUACUAAUGAAUUAUGGAUAUGUAGACCUGGAUUUGUGACUAGUCAAAAUGCAGAAGCAGAUAUCUGCAAUAUUAGUUUGUACUAGUCAAAAUUGAACUAAUGAUAUCAGCAAUAUGACUUCUGGAAUUUUGGAUGUGAGGCAAAAAUUCAAUGAAAUAUAUGUAUAAAUAUAUGAGUAAAAACUGACCUAUUUUUUCCUAGUAAAAAUAUAGUUCGUUUUAAUUAAAAUGAUAUUUUUUCUAGUAAAAAUUACAUUUUUAUUAGUUAGAAUGUUAUUUUUAUUAUUAAAAGACAAUUUGUCUUGCCAUACUGAUCACAUUGUAUGAGCUUAACCUAAUGCUUGCGGUUUGAGAGGCUCCAUGUAGGAGUUUUAAGCCCCAGGCCUGUGGUGUCAGUUACUGCUGCAGAGAAGAGACCCCAGCUGUAUGUCUGUGCCCUGAGUAACAUGAGUACAUGAGUCCACUAGUGAUUCUGAGCUCCCCACAUCCCAUUUGGACUCUUCAUCAUGACCAAACUGCUGGAGUGGUUGCUGUGCAUCUUGGUGGUGAUGUGCACUUGGGGGCUGCUGACUUUCGACCCGCUGGACCUGAAGCUGCCGCUGGUGUACAAAGAGGUGGCGUGGCCCAUGCCAGUCUAUCUGCUGGUGGUGUUUGGCUGUUACUCUCUGGCCACAGUGGGCUACAGGGUGGCUACCUUUAAUGACUGUAAUGAAGCCGCCCAGGAACUGCAGGCCCAGAUCAAGGAAGCCAAGCAGGACCUUCAGAAGAAAGGACUGAAGUUCUGAACUGUAGUCUGUGAUAUGAGAUCACAUUCCUUCUUUGGAAGAUCACGUUGUCCCUGGUGUAUCCAGUAUGACUUGGCAUUGAGAUGUGCAGUAAAGCGAUGUUGUUUUUCCAAA